UUUCGCCUUACCUAAAAGAGUAAAAUCGCCAUUUAAUCAACGUCGCCGUCAUCAACAUGCGUAGUUAUACAAUACAACAACGGAGAGAGAUAGAAUCAGACGACAGCUCAUCAUGCAUACUCACUUCUCUCUCUCUCUCUCAGAGAGAUUACAUUUAAACAGACAACAACACUGAGAGAGAGCCUUUUUCUAAUAAUUUAUUCGAUUUGAGUUUGUUUAUUCGUUCGACUCUUUGUUUUUUACUCAAUCCUCUGUUUUCAGUUCUGUUCAAUUCUUCUCUCUCUCUCUGUUUUUUUAUUUUCGUUGUUUUGCCUAAAAGCCACAACAUGCAACUGUAAUUUAACUGAUUAUUAUUAUUAUUAUUAUUAUUAUUAUUAUUACUAUUAUCCAUAUCCAUAUCCAUUGAUUCGCCGGAAAGUUUUAUUCUUUUCCGGCGAAAGAUUCGAAUGACGAUAUCUUUAUUCAAUCCUGAUUCAAUCAACAACGAGCUCUCCAAACCAACAUCGAUCUUCGGUCUUAAGCUUUGGGUCGUCAUCGGUAUUUUACUCGGAUCUCUUAUCGUCAUCGCCCUCUUCUUCCUCUCCCUCUGUUUAACCUCUCGCCGGAGACACCGCAAGCCACGUCACGCCGAUUUCGCGUCCGCAGCUGUAGCGAGCCCGCCGGUUUCCAAAGAGAUUCAGGAGAUCGUUAGGCCUUCUCCGGCGCAAGACCAUUACCACCAUACGCAGCCCGUUGCGGCGGAGAUCCAAGUCGAUAUCGGGAAGAUCGAGCACCGCGUUGUGUUCUCGAGCGGUGAAAGCAGAGGAACAGUGAGUGCUAGUGAAACGGCUUCGUUUUCAGGGAGUGGUUGUGUUGGACCUGAGGUUUCGCAUCUUGGUUGGGGAAGAUGGUAUACUCUUCGUGAGCUCGAAGCUGCUACCAAUGGAUUGUGUGAAGAGAAUGUGAUCGGAGAAGGUGGUUAUGGGAUUGUGUACAGUGGUAUUUUAACUGAUGGUACUAAAGUCGCUGUCAAGAAUCUUCUUAACAACAGGGGUCAAGCUGAGAAGGAGUUUAGAGUGGAAGUGGAAGCCAUUGGGCGUGUACGGCAUAAGAAUCUCGUUAGGCUUUUAGGAUACUGCGUUGAAGGUGCAUACAGGAUGCUUGUGUAUGACUACGUUGAUAAUGGAAACUUGGAGCAAUGGAUUCAUGGUGAUGUUGGUGACAAAAGUCCACUGACUUGGGAUAUCCGUAUGAACAUAAUACUUGGCAUGGCUAAAGGAUUGGCGUAUCUACACGAAGGUCUUGAACCGAAAGUGGUUCAUCGGGACAUUAAAUCAAGUAAUAUCUUGCUUGAUCGUCAAUGGAAUGCUAAGGUAUCAGAUUUUGGACUUGCUAAGCUGCUGUUCUCUGAGAGCAGUUACGUGACAACCCGUGUAAUGGGCACUUUCGGAUAUGUUGCACCUGAAUAUGCUUGCACGGGAAUGCUGACCGAAAAAAGUGAUAUCUAUAGUUUUGGGAUAUUAAUCAUGGAGAUAAUCACCGGAAGAAACCCUGUUGAUUAUAGUCGACCUCAAGGAGAGGUGAAUUUGGUUGAGUGGUUGAAAUCAAUGGUUGGAAACCGAAGGUCUGAGGAAGUAGUCGAUCCUAAAAUACCAGAACCGCCAACUUCAAAAGCUCUUAAACGUGUGUUGCUCGUGGCGCUGCGUUGUGUGGAUCCGGAUGCGAAUAAGAGACCUAAAAUGGGUCAUAUUAUACACAUGCUUGAAGCUGAAGACUUGUUCUAUCGUGACCAGGAACGACGAGCCACGAGAGAGCAUGCAAGCCGCGAUUAUAACCAGCGACAGACUGAAAUUUCAGCGGCUGUUGCUGAGACGAGCGAAAGUGAAAGUUAAAGAGACCGUAGAUAAAAAGAUGUAUGAGGAGGAACUGAAAAUUUUCCGACCAUUAGUUCUUAAAAUAUUUUUUCUGUUAAUCAAUUUUUAAUUUAUUGUAUGUGACUUAUUAUCUUAAUUCUUUUUCGUUAGGCUUUAUCCCUAGCUCACUGUCUAAUUAUGAAAAUUUCUCUGUGUAUA